CUUGGGGACAUUCUACAGCAUCCUCUCAAUACAAUCGUUUCUUCUCUCAGUUGUGAAGCCAUUGUCCCUCCUGACAACCCCUCCAGGGACCGCCCAAACAGACGAGCAACCGCCCAUUAUGGCCAGCUCUGUAAACGUCGACACGACCUGGCUGCAGCACCAGCUCCAGGGGCAGAGCGCUCUGGCGGACCUGCUCCUCGAGUUUGAUCGCUCAACCAUCGCCCUGACCCUCGCGGCCCUGGUGCUGGUGCCUGUUAUCGCUAGCCACCUAUUUGGCACCAAGACGGACGGAAAGGUGCCCAUCAUCAACGCGCCGGGGCCCUUUGAGCUCACCAUACAGAAGAAGUUCGAGUAUGUCACCAAGGGCGUCGAGUAUCUGCGCGAGGGCCGGAGGCGCCACCCGGGCAAGCCCUUCAAGCUCCUGACGAACAUUGGGCCCGUGACUAUCUUUCCUCCGGACCGGGCGGAAGAGAUCAAGAACCAGAAGUCGCUGGACUUCCGCAGGGCCAUCUCCCACCUUGUUCCGUUCGCCCCCGCCGCCAACGGGACCACCAAUCUAAUCGACCGUCAGGACGAGCUCCUUCAGAGGGUCAUCAUGAAGCACUUGACGAAGCGGCUAAACACCGUCACAGAGCCACUCGCCCUAGAGGUGACGUUUGCGCUUGAGAAGAGCCUCGGCGAUAACCCAGGCUGGACCGAGACCAAGUUAUCGCCCGUCGUGACCGAUAUCGUCGCCCGGCUCUCGUCUCGCGUGUUUCUGGGCGGCGAGACCUGCCGGAACGAGGAGUGGCUGGACGUCACCAAGAACUUUACCUUGAUCUUCAACGCAGCCAUGCAGAACAUGCGGCUGUAUCCCCGCUGGGCCAGGCCGCUCGUCUACUACCUCGACCCCGUUUGCAAAAAGGCGCACGCCAUCUACAGGCGGGCCGAGGCCAUUGUGGAGCCACAGGUCGCGGCGCGGCGGAAAGAGAAGGCUGAGUGCGUGGCAAAGGGGCUGCCCGUGCCAAAGUACAACGACGCCAUCGAGUGGGCCGACCUCGAGCACGAGGGCAGCAAGGAGGCCAUGAAGCCCACCGACUUCCAGCUCAUGUUUGGUUUCGUCGCCAUCCACACCACGUCCGACCUCCUGAUGCAGACCAUGCUGCACCUGGCCGCGAACCCCGACGCCGUCGAGGCGUUGAGGCGGGAGGCGCUCGAGGUCCUGCCGAUCGACGGCUGGAGGAAGACGGCGCUCGUGAACCUAAAGCUUCUCGACAGCGCCAUCAAGGAGGCCCAGAGGCUCAAGCCCAUCCUUUCCGCCAACAUGAUCCGCGAGGCGACCGCGGACAUUGCGCUCGAGGACGGCACCAAGCUGUACAAGGGUGAGUACAUGGCCGUGGACACGAUUCCACUCCGGGACUCCAAAGUCUACGCGAACCCGGACAAGUUCGAUGUCUACCGCUUCUACGAGCGGCGCAAGCUGCCCGGCGGCGAGCACAAGGCGCAGCUCGUGUCGCCCAACCCCGAGCAUCUAACCUUUGGCUACGGCAAGUACAUGUGCCCCGGCCGCUUCUUCGCCGCAAACGAGAUCAAGGUGGCCCUCUGCCACCUGCUGCUCAAGUACGACUGGAAGCUCGCCGGAACCACCACCCUUGAGCCCAUAUACUUUGGCACCGACCCCUUCGUCAACCCCGAGAACAAGCUACUGUACCGUCGCCGCAAGGAGGAAAUUGACCUCGACUCGCUGGCCGUCGACAACGUCGAGUGAUUGUGCCGGCAGGGGUGAUGCAGGGUACGGGGAGGUGGCAGUUGGCCGGUCCGCGCCAAUUGCGAUGACAAGCUGAAUGGUGGUGUAUUUUCUGCUGAUGCAGAAUAUACUGUGGCAUAGAGGCAUGGCAGCGAGGAGAAGUGCUAGGGAUGGGGACAUGCCGGAGAUACGCAAGAUUGCUUCAAGUCCCCCUUGAGGGCACACACACGUCCACUGGCCGAUGUUGGCCAGUUUCGGAGCUACACAUUGUUUUUUCCUCUGUCCUUGGUUUUACCUGUCGAGAUUUUCAGUCUCCUCUCCCCUCCAUCGCAUUUCGAUCUGGGCACUUGGCGUACGCACUGUUUGGUUGCUAGAAUACUCAGGCGAUUGCCAUCGAAAACCUUCUCCUCUCUUGCUCUUGAAUUAAGCCUUCGUUCCUACCCUUGAGGGGGGGUCGCUGGAGUUGAGGAGUCCAAAC